UAAUUUUAUGACCUGGUGACAGAGACCUUUAGGUCAUAUCUUAUUUGGAAAAUGUUCAUUACUUUGGGGUCACUACACUUCACUUCACUAAAUUUUGUCAUUUAAAUUGUUUGAAUUGUCUUUUUUAUGUAAUUAUAAAUAGGUUUAUAGGAUGUUGGAUCUUUUAGUAAAAAGUUAAGUGGCGGCGGGCGGGAGGAAGAGACACACUUAAAUGCAUUGGUAUCACUAAGUUCACUAGCCAGCACAAGUCUUUGAAUUAGGAAACUUUGGCAAUCGAAAAUAAUGUGAUGGAUCGUCCCUUCUUCUGCUUGACAGUGUAUACAUUGGCUAUUUGAAACAAUGCCAAGUCUUGCUAGGUGUGACGGCGCAGUAUUAUGGCCAAAUCUCAAUCUGUUUAUUGUUGUGAUGAAAUCUCGACUUUCACUAGUUUUCAAUUUGUCAUACCAUGGUUUAACAGAUAUAUUAUGGACAAAGGUGGUGUAUAUUUGUUAAGGGUUAUUCCAGUUAAUAAUGAAGGAGGAGUGAUGUCUAGAUCAGAUAUUAAAGAGAUAAAACUAUCAGCACAGCUUCGCCCUCGCCUAAAGCCAUAUUGGACAUCAGGAAUGAUGUGAUUAGCUUCAACAUACCAGUCAAGACGGACUUUUAACAUUGUUUCAAAAAUUUUGCCAAGACAUGAAGAUAAAGAAAUUGGUCUAUAUGAGCUAGCAAGUUCUGGUGCCUUGUCUGGUUUGAGUAUCGGAAUAACACACUGUGUUUUCCAUGCCUGUGGAAUAUAGUUGUUAAGCCAAAGUAAAUUGAGGAUAUCUAGAAAUAAUUUUUGAGCUGAUUCAUCCAGAUUUUUAAUCAAUAGGUAAGGGUAGUCAUCCAUACCUGGUGUUGUAUUGCGUCUAGAUUGUAAACUUAUUGUAAAUUCUGACCAUGUAAAGGGUUCAACCAAAAAUUUUGAAUUAUGAUUGUCAUUGUUUAAAUUAAAAUAAAUAUUCAAGUUACUGGUCUGAAUUAAAUUACUAUUGUCUGUUAAGUUAUCCAAAAAUGAGGGAAUGAAUUCAUCUCUAUAUGACCUAUUGCCAGUUUUAACACCUUUAAACAUUUUAAGUAAAUUCCAAAUCUUACUAAUGGGUGUUGUUCUACUGAAAGUAUUAGUUAGAUUAUUCCAACCAAUUUUUUUCUGCUCUGCUAUUGUUCUUUUUUUCUGUGCAUCCUUUCUUUUAUAGUUAAUAUAAUUCUCUAUGGAUGGCACAUUUCUAUAUAAUUUGAGAGCAUUAUAAGAUGCAAUGACACUUUGUUCACAAAUAUCAUUCCACCAGGGUGUUGGCAAACGGCUUUUGAAACUAUUUGAUUUUGUAAGUUUAGGAAUUGUCAUAGUUUUUAAUGUAUCCAAACAAGAACAGAAAGCACUAUAAGUUAAUAUAGGGUCAUUUGAAUUUAGGAUAAAAUUAUUGAAAACUGUUCUGGAAAGAGUGUUGUAUUUAGUCCAAUCUGCCUUAUUAUAUAAAAAUCUGUCUACUGGCGAACCAAUGUGAUAUUUAUCAAUAGUUAAGGAUAUUUCUGUUAUUGUAGGGUAAUGAUAACUUCCCAUGGCAUCGUGAUGGACAGACCACUCACACAUAGAUGCAAGACUAGCACUGACGAAGCUAACAUCAAUAGCAGAAGGAUUUCGUCUAGGAUAGUUGACAGUUGUAAAUCUACCAUCAUUCAAAAUGCAUAAAUCUAAGUCGUCAAUAAUAUUAAAUAAGCUGUGACCUCGACUCUUACUAGAUAAACAACCAAAAGCUAUAUGAUGAGCAUUAAAGUCACCACUUACAAAUAUUGGUUUUGGAAGAUUAUAAAUUAUACUCUGUAAUCUAUUUAGUCUGAUAUGACGACUAGUAGGUGGACAAUAAACACAAAGAACAGUCAAACUACCACUUACUGUUGAUAAAGACAGAGCAGCAGUUUGAAUGUCCUCAUAGAAUCUAGUGUUAAUAAUAUUGUAUUUGAGGUAUGGUUUAAUUAAUAUUGCCACACCAUUAUGACUAUUGUUUGAAUUUCUGUUAUAAAUAUUGUAACCUGGUAUUUUAAAUUUGUUAUCUUUGAACCAGGUUUCAUUAAGUAGACAUAUAUCAAUGUUUUGUUGUUUCAAGAAUUGAAUGAGCAAGGGUUUUUUACUAUUGGCACUUUGAAUAUUAUACUGAGCAAUACGUAUCUUAGACUGUGUAGGACCUAGAUCCAUUAUUUUAGAUUUUUAAUUAAGAUAUCCUUAAUUGUUUUCACUGUAGUAGGUGAAUUAUCACCCUUAUUGCCUAGCUCCACCAAUGUCUGUACAAGGGCCAUAAGUACAUCAUUGUUGGAGACAAUUUGAUUUUUAAUAUUUUCUAAAGGCAAUAAAUCUUGUUGUUUAUUUACAUUAUCUACAUGUGUAUUUACAGGCUUAUUUACAGAAUUAUAUAGAGGCUUAUUUACAGAGUUAUAUACAGAUUUAUUUACAGUAUUAUAUACAGGUGUUUUUGAUGUUGGAAGUGGAGGAAAGUCAUUGUUAUUUACUUGCUUGGUUGAGGUAGCACUUGCAUAAGUAAUUUUAGAUUUUUUUUCCAUAAUUUUCUUUAUUUUAAUUGGACAUACUUUUGAAAUGGCAAGAUGAGGUCCGCUGCAAUUUGUACAACAAAUUUCAGUGGGCUUGUCACAUUCCUUAUAUAAGUGCUCACCUCCACAAAUAGAACAUUUUUGUUUACUGUUACAUAUUUUAGCUGAGUGGUUAAACUUGAAACAUUUGAAACAUUGUUGCAAUGGUGGUAUAUAUUCAAAAACUCUAUAAGAGAAUAAGUCGUAUUGAACAUUGUCUGGUAGAAUAUUAGAUAAGAAAGUAAUGCUUACAGUUUGUAAAGGAACAUGCUCAUGUCCUACUUUCUUUGUGAAUCUUCUGAUAGCAAUAAUUUCAUAUAUUGACGAUAGCCUACUGUACAACUCUUUAUUAGAAAUGUUAGCUGGAACGAAUCUUAUUAUUCCAGUCUUUUCAAUCUGCGCAGCAGGAAUGAAAGCUCUCAUGUCAUAUUUUUCUAAGAAAGACGAAUUCUUAAUAAAGUUAUUUGCUGUGUUA